AGCAAUAUAUCGUUUCUGGUGCGAACCAUGGAUCGAAGUAAAAUAUUGAUUGUCACGCUGAUAGCAUUAUUACUUCACAGUGAAACAUUGAUAUCAAUCGCAGACCCUUUAGCUUACCAGAUUAUACGUGAUUUAAUUCAAUAUAAUGUCGCAGGUCCACCUGCUUUCCAUGAGACAACACACUGGGAUUUUGACCCAGAGGCUGGCAAACAAAGAAGAAUCCAAUACGAACGGGAUAAUGGACGUUUUGGAGAACAUGCAAUAGCUAAAUUAGGAACUAUGGAUUCAUGGAAGAAUGAUCGUGAGAAGCUGAAAGAUGAAGCUGUAGCGAGCAAUCGACGAUCCAGGUGAAGUAAUCAUUGCAUGUAAUACAAAGUUUCCAAGAACUUUCACCAUAUCGAGAUGUCGGGGAAAGAAUUAGCAUGGUAGGGGAAUGAAGAAAUUCAGACAGAGUUUUGAGGAGAGACUAAAACGUUGGACGCAGCGACGUGAUCGAUAUCAUAUCUUGUAGUAUCAAACUAAUCGUGUAAAAACUUAAUAGUAACAAAUUUAAAUUGUGUUGUUCAAUAAAAGAAAAACUUUUAUUUUGUAUCAUUUACAAGAUUAUUUUUCUCCGAUUAAUCCAGAAACUUGCGAUCAUCUCUAUCAUGGCGAGUUUUCUUUCUAUGAGUAAUAGAAAUAAAAGUUUUAAAUUGCACAAGAAUAAAUUCACUUUUCCUCGCGAAUGUCGAGUCACACUCGAGUGAACAGUUGAUUAAAACUCAUCGUCUCUGUUGCAAUUCUUUAAUUACUAAUUUAAUGUAUAUGUUUACACGAAUAUCGCAUUAUAUUUUUAUAAAACUCUUUCUCUUUCCUUCAUGCAUUGUAUGAAAAAUAGGAUAAAUUUCUUUUUUGCUUUAUUCGAAAUUUGAUGCAUUUAUAGUGUUUGCUAUCAUUUUUUUCGUUCAAAUCCAUGGGAGAAUCGCGGAAUCUAAAGCGCCUAAUUUCCAGUACUUCGAACGAUAAGUGAAAUAGCAACAAUCUCUCAAGAUAUUUCAUAUAGAAUAUGUUAAAAUUAAUAUGUUCUCUAAUAUUAAACUAGAGAAUAUAUUUUUUAUGAAUUAAACAGAGAAUAUAUAUUUUUCUAUGCAUUAUAAUGUAACAAUUUUCAAGAAACAAAAAUUUGCUUAAAACUACAUCGAAUAAUACUGUAAUAAUUAUAUUUUUUUAAACCAAGGCAUCGUUAUCUUUAUUACGUUAAAAAUGACAAGGGAAAGUUGUCAUAUGCGGCUACAGUGGACCUCACAGCUGUAUUAGAAUGUAAAACAUAUAUAGUGUUCUUGAAGGAAUUCAUUGAUAUAAUUUCUCUUUAUUGAAAAAAGUGAUUAGUAAAAUUCUCUCUCUCUCUCUCUCUCUUAUAAAAAUUCAUUUUUUUAUUAAAUUAAAAAAUUAGAAUUUAAAAUAAAAUAUACUUGUAUAUAUGUAAAAUGUAUUAAACAUUUAAAAAAUAAUUGUUAUUGAUAUGCCUCUCCUAUUAUUUUUGUUUAAAAGGAUGUAAAGUAAAAAUGAAAACAUUUCUCGGUUUCAUUAAAACAAAUUUAAGCUAUCAAUUAAAUCUAUUAAAAACUUGUUCGCGGUUCAGCUAUUAUUGAGACAUAAUACUUUAAAAUACCUUCAAUUAAACAACUUAUAUAACUAAUAUGGUCUUGUUGCGACUUGUAUAAAUAAUGUGUCUUGAUUUUUUGACAACACGUUUCGCAGUUUGUAGAAUUAAUAAGGAAUAUAGAGCAUUUAUUUUUGCUGAUUAGAAUUGUUUUCUUAAAAAUGCAAUCGAUUUAUAUGACUGCGAUUUUAAUUACAAUAAGUUUGAUUUUUUUCGAUAUAAAAUGCUGCAUGAUUCGCUUCCUUUCUAACGUGAAUUGACCGACAAUGAAUGAAUAAAUGGCGGAAUCAACGUUUCUUCCCACAAAAGGAUCUUAAAAAUUAUGCACAUUAUUUAGAAAAGUGUGUAAGACAGAGAUGCAAUGAUUAGAUAUAAACAUUGCGUCGGACUGUAAUCUACGAUUAUAUCAUACAUAUAAUACUGUUAAAAGUCAUUUUGAUCUAUCAAACGUGCAUGGAAUGUGCAGUAGCUUCGCUAUCAUCUAUUAUAAAGUAAUUCCAUUCAGUCUCACUUGACGAGACAAUAAUGAAAUAUAAUCUAAAUAGCUACAGUCUACGUACUACAUCGUUAUCGAAAUGUUUUAUCUUUCUAUAUGUGUGAUAUACUGAAAAAAAUAGAGUCAAAUAAUUCGUAAAUGGUGAAAAAAGUCCGCAGUUACUGCGCAAUCAAUACAUAGAAUCUUUGUCAAAAGAAUAUUAAUUCUUCUUUAUACGUAUUAUUUUACGUAACCGUAACAUAAUUAAAAAAGUGUAUUUGCUGUGACUAAAAAUAAAUUUAAUUGACACUAUUAAAGUCAUUAAAUUAAUGAACAGUAGCAGUGCGCACAACUUUUUAUAUAAUCAAAAGAUGUCUGGCAGAUACGCUUCAAGGAGACGUCAGUAGUUUAGAUAAGGCUCGAUAAAAUAUAUAAAUAAACAAAGGAAUAAAUGUUUUCACGAUGAAGACGAA